AUGUUGACUUUUGCCCAAUUACCAUCACACAAGCCAGACUUUAAGGUCGAUAACAAGUAUCGUAAGAUGCCAUCGAAGGAUGUGGUCGAAAACACCGCCAAAAAACUCCGUGAGAACCAAUUCAAGGUUGACAUUGUCAACACUGAAAAAGAAGCUUUGGACUUGGUCAUCAAAUCGAUUCCAAAGGAAUCAUCAGUUAUGAACUGUGGUUCUGUUACACUUUCUGAAAUUGGUUUGUUGGAUUAUCUUAAGGAUGAUAAACAUGGAUGGAGAAACUUGCAUGUUGCCAUCUUAAAUGAAAAGGAUCCAGCCAAGCAAACUGAACUUCGUCGUUUCUCGAUGGCUUCUGAUUAUUUCCUCUGCUCUUUACCAGCUGUAACCAAAGAAGGUGUUAUUUAUUCAUGUGAUGCUAGUGGUAGUAGAACUGGCGCCAUGCCAUUUGCUGCCAAGAAUGUAGUUUGCAUUGUUGGUACUCAAAAGAUUGUCGAAAAUGAUCAAGAGGCAGAGAGAAGAAUCUGGGAUUUCUGUUUACCAUGCGAGUCUGUUAGAUCCAACUAUGCUUACAAAGUACCAGGAAGUCAAGUCCAAAAUCUUAUUAGAAUUGCCAAUAGCAAUAUGGCCAAGGAGAGAAUCCAUAUUAUCUUUGUGAAUAAGGAACUCGGAUAUUAA